AUGUGGUUGUUCUCCCAGGGCAGUACGGGCCGUGGUGGGGCCCCCAGGCAGCAGUGGAGGAGGAUCCUGUGGUCAUGUCGGGACACCUUCAGGGUUCAGAUCGGACGUCUCUUGGUGCACACCCUCUCCCCUGCAUUACCCCUCAGGGACAGGAAGGAGGCUCUAGAGUUUGUGUUCGACCCUGCAAACCCUGACUUCCUCAAGGAGAGCCUCAGCCCCGGUUUAGAGCAUGGUCCCAAGCUAGCCAUGUAUCUGUAUGAGAUGCUCCAUGACCAUAAAGAUGCUCUGACCAAGAGGAGCAGAGUACUCUGGGCAAUUUCAUGGCGUCACUGAAGUUGUGGGGUCAUCGCUGCAUCCCGCCCAGCGCACCGCACAAACCAGACCUACUGAAGGCCAUCAAAGAGGAACAGCUGAAAUACGAGGCGGACGAGAAGAGCAGUAAACUGGCCUGGGAGAAGAAAAUUUCCAACACACAGAAAGGUGAAG